AUGGCUACUGUUACCAUCGCCCGCCCGGUCCAGCCGGACAUCCAGUAUGCCCCGGACCGAGUGAAGUGGCAGGCCCGUGUGGCGAGCCGGAUCCAAGAUCGCGAUCUCCCGAAAGCCCUGCCGGAGGGUCUGCCUGCACAAUUCAAGAAUGACUUGGUGUGGGAAGGGUCAACCCUGGCCAACGACUAUGACUGGACCUAUGUGCUCAGUACCGAGCAACUGGACGAGCUGGAUGCAGCCCUAGCUCAUUUAAAAUCCUUGGGAUUAGCUCUUGGUCACAUCAACCAGGAGACGUUCCCAUUACCCAAGCUCCACUCUGAGCUCCGGAAGCUUUCUCACGAGUUGCACAACGGGCACGGAUUCUUUGUGAUUCGGGGUCUGCGGGUCGACGAACAUACAAGAGAAGAAAACAUCAUAAUCUACGCCGGUCUUUCUUCUCACAUCGCAUCCCAGCGUGGUCGUCAAGAUAGGCAGUAUGAUGGCAAGCCGGCCGACGUUGUGCUUACCCACAUCAAGGAUCUGACCCUCACGAAAGAGAAGGGUCAAAUCGGCAGCCCAGCAUACACAGCAGACAAGCAGGUAUUCCACACGGACGCGGGCGACAUCGUCUCCCUUUUUGCGCUUUCAACGGCCGCCGAGGGCGGCACUAGCAAAUUGGCGAGUAUUGCCCGGGUCUACAACGAGAUCGCCAAGACGCGUCCUGAUCUGAUUCAUACGCUUACCCAAGACUGGCAAUUCGAAGUCUUUGGAACGCCUCAAAAGUCGUUCACAUCUCGGCCACUUGUCCACUAUCAGCCUGCCACAGCAACAACUCCUGAACGCCUGGCUGUACAGUACGCGCGUCGUUACUUCGUCGGCUACGGCGCACUUCCAAGAAGUGCAGAAAUCCCUCCCAUCAGCGAAGCACAGGCCGAGGCGCUUGACACACUACACUUCCUCGGAGAAAAGUUCGCUGUCUCUUUGGACUUUCAGAAGGGUGAUAUCCAGUACGCCAACAACAUGGGAAUUUUCCACGCCCGCGAUGGUUUCACCGAUACUCAAGACCAACAGCGCCACUUAUUGAGGCAAUGGCUUCGCGAUCCUGAAUAUGCAUGGGAGACGCCUGGGCCGUUGAAGGAACGUUGGGGACAGCUUUAUGAUGGGGUCACACCCGAGGCGCAGUAA